GUGAGUGAGUGAGUGUGUGUGUUAGUGAGUGAGUGAGCGAGCGUCACAGAGCGUGAAUGGCGUUCUUCUGUUCACAGGAAACAAACACCAGGUUUCCACAGGAUGCAUAAAACACGCGCUCCCACGUCCGUCCCGUCGGCCUCCAAAGACCGGACCUUGGAGCUGAGCUUGUCGGGUUCCCAGCUCUCGGUGUCCAAGAGACCGAGCGCCGUGGCGUCACCUGGGAAGUACCUGUCCCGGUCCGUGUCGGUGUCUGUCGCCGGGGACAGAAGCAAACGCAACACCGCGAACGACGCCGGCGACGCUGGCUCUCGCUCCAUCAAGAACCUGAGGAGGUCCAGCAGCACCACACAGGUCCAUCAGCAAGCCAACAUCAGUCUGAGUCAGGACAAGAGGGAAGAACACGUCGUCGGCCUUUUUGAGAGCACGUCAGACGGAGGCAAGAGAGCGUCCUGUCACAGAAGAGCCUCGCCGGACAGAACCACGUGGAAUAUUCUGGACGACCAGCCCAGGUCGAGCCCCCGCAGCCUGAGGACGAGAGAGCCCGCCGCCGCUCUGGCCGCCACCUUCACCGCCAACAACAGGAGCAACAAGGCGGCCGUGGGGAACUCUGUCACCACCAUCUUACACAACAACUACUCGGAGACACCGCUCACACCCAAGAGCUCCAACCAGAAGCCGUCCUUCAAUAAUAACCUCCUCAAAGCCAACGACGACGACGAUGACGCCGCCGUCACCAAGUACCAGAAGAACUUCUCCUCGCCGCCGUCCACGUCCCACGCCGGUUCUGUGCGGCCGCCCCAGAGGGCAGAGGUCACGGAGGAAGAGGCGGAGAGGUUUGUUCAACAGGUAAACGGAGCCGCCGUCACCAUCCAGCGCUGGUACAGACGCCGCGUCAGCACUCGCCAGACACACCGCGCCGCACUCGAACGCAUCGUCACGAGUCAGAGGAAGGAGUGGGAGGGGCGAACAGAGGAGGCUGGGCGGAGCUUAGAGCGGCGACAGAUUCGUAAAGAGAAAGCUGCUGUGGCGAGGAUCACUGCGAUCCAGGAGCUGCAGCAGAGACAGAUCCAGCAUGAGCCUGAGAUCCGCCUGAAGCAGCCACGCGUGGACAAACCCACGAUUGCCACGAGCGACUGCAGUCCAGAUUCUCUGACGCUCAAAGCCACCAACACUGAGUCUGACUCCAGGGGGCGGAGUUUCAGAGCGACUUCUCCUGAUCUGUCUGAUCUCAGAGGCUCCCAGUGUUCACAGGAGCUGCAGCAGGAGCGACUGAGGCAGGCUGGUGUGAGCGGGUGCGUGAAGCCGCCACAGGUUUCUCCAACAGACGUGAAAAGCAAGAACACAGAACCCGCCGUGAACAGAGCCGUCUCCCCGUCAGUGUCGUCUCAUCACAGAGCUUCUCCGUGUUCCCGGGAGGCGCUGCAGAGGUCAGUGAGCGUGCAGCAGCUGCAGGAGGCGGAGUCCUCUAAAACCACCCUCCACGAGCUGCUGGACACACUGAAGCUGCUGGAGGAGGAGCCAGAGAGUCUGAAGCCAAAGAGCGACAGCAGGGAGAAGUACGCGUGGAUCGACGAGAGCGAAGACUCCAACUCUCUGACCACAGACAACCUGGAGCGCCACGGGCAGCGGCUGAGUCGCCACCCUGCACUGCCAGACGGGGGCGCCCUUCUCUCCGAGGCCAAACUCCAGAGCAUCAUGAGCUUCCUCAACGAGAUGGAGAAGUCUGAGCAGGAGAGGCCGCGCUCCGCGACCUCAGGGUCGCACAGAGAGGUCGGCGUUCAGCGAUCGACGAUGAUGUCAUCGCACUCGUCCUGUUCUAAUACACCUGUGCGUCACCAGGCGGCGCUGUCCGAGGACGAGCCGGCGUCGGCCACGGCGGCUGAAGUCACCGGCUCCAUGAUGAGAAUCAAGCUGGAGCUGGAAGAGAAGAAGCGGACGGUCAACAUGCUGCAGGCCGCACUGGUUCAGCAGAGAGAGCUGACGAUGAGACACGUGAAGGAGACGGAGAACGAGCUCAAGAGAAACCUGGAGCUCCAGAAGGAACAGUAUGAAGCCACCGUCCAGAGACACCUGACGUUCAUCGACCAGCUGAUCUCUGAUAAGAAGGCUCUGAGCGAGCGCUGUGAGGGAGUGCUGGGCGAGCUGAAGCAGGUGGAUCACAAGUACAUGAAGAAGAUGAAGCAGAUGCAGGAGCAGCAUGAAGUGGAGAUCAAGAAGCUGAAGGAGCUCAUGUGCGUCACCGAGAAAAUCCGCCGGGAGAAAUGGAUCGACGAGAAGACGAAGAAGAUCAAAGAGAUCACAGUCAAAGGUCUGGAGCCAGAGAUCCAGAAGCUGAUCUCCAAACACAAACAGGAGCUGAAGAAGCUGCGCUCGCUCCACGAGGCCGAGCUGCUGCAGGCGGACGAGCGCGCGUCGCAGCGCUACGUCCACCAGUGUGAGGCGCUGCGCUCGCAGCUGGAGACGGAGAAAGACGAGCAGUGUCAGAGAGAGAGGGCGCUCGCCAAGCAGAGAUAUGAGAAGCAGCUUCAGGAGGAGGAGCUCGCCCUUCAGCAGCAGAGGAGGCGUCUCUUCACUGAGGUGGCAGAGGAGAAAGAGAGGCUGGCCCAGCUGGCUGCACGGCAGCGAGCCGAGCUGGAGGAUCUGCGACAGCAGCUGGAGGAGAACACGUCUGUGUCCAGACGAGCGCUCGCACAAGAGUUAGACAGAAGCCGAGAGGAGCAGGAGAGGAGACACCAGGUGGAGGUGAAGGCUCUGCAGGAACAUCUGGUGAUCCAAAAACAAACGUGGGAAGAAAAGCAGAAGAAAAAAGAGGAGGCGUGGCUUCUGCGGCGAGAGGGCGAACUCAAAGACGAACUGCGGCGAGAGCGCGACAAAGAGAUUGAGCUCGCCAUCUGGACGCUGGAGGAGGAGACGACCAAGGACAAGGAGGCGUGUGAGAGAGCGGCAGACAACAGGGUGAAACGUGUCAGGGACAAAUAUGAGGCGGAGCUACAGGAGCUGCAGCGCUCCGAGAGAGAAGCCGUGGAGAAGCAGCAGGAGCUGAGGAGGCAGCAGGUGGAGGCGGAGGGAGCCAUGAUCUCACUUCAGGCCCAACUCAGACACAAACAGCAGGAGGUGGACGACCUCACGCAGAGCAGGGACAGGAUGGUGAGCGAGCGCCGCGCUCUGGCCGACGUCAUACGGCAGGAGUUUGCUGAGCGUCUGCUGGCGACGGAGGAGGAGAACCGUCGCAUGAAGGCGGAGGUGUCGGAGGUCAGGGCCCGUCUGCGUGUGGAGGUGGAGCGGGUCACCAAAGAGAAGGAGGAGGAGCUGGCUGAAGUCCACCAACGAGUGAAGUCGGCCAUCUUGAAGAAGGAGGAGACUGUGAGUAAUCUGCGGCGUCAGUAUGAGGCUGCUGUGAAGAGAGCAGACCACCUGGAGGCGCUGUGGGAGCAGCAGAGGAAGCAGCUGCUGGAGAAGUGACUGACAGGAAGCCAUGCCCCCUCACCCCCUCACCCCUCC